CAUCUUUCACUCCUUCGUCAGCUACUCCUUCACAUUCUCCCUCUUUCUUUCUUUCCCUCCUUUGCUUCAUUCCUUUAUUCAGUUAAGCCUCUGUCCUGCUACAGAAAACAUUUGUAACUUCCAGAGGAUUCCUCUGUCCCAGAAAAUUGCAAGACACUCGACCCCAUUUAAGCUCUGGGCCCAGAGCCGGUAGGAUGUGCCUCAAGAUGAACUGUGGUUGCUCAAAACUCUUUACCUUGGAAUUUUAGUGCUGGAUGAAACUGGAUCUGUUUACCUGAAUUGUGAUUUUAAAUUUUAUUUGUUAAGACUCUAAUUCCACAGAUCUGACCCUAGGCCUAUGUUCUUGUGGAUGGCCCAUUGAUCUCUUACUGCAUGCUGAUUGGCCAGGGCAGUAUUAGUCUUGGUGAAUGGCGCGGCGCAGUUCAGGUGGACGCGGGCAUGGAGGCAGUUGGCUCACGGCCUGUUUUUUCCCGUCAUCCUCAGGGAGAGAGCGUGGAGAUGCUCUGGGUGCUGAGGAUUGUAUUUGUGUGUAUGUGGUGACGGCAGACUACCAGCGGCAGGAGAAUACAGAGAUCAACCUGAGAGCAGGAGAGAGAGUGGAGGUGAUCGAAAAGAGUGAAAGUGGGUGGUGGUUUGUAAGAACAGCUGAAGAACAAGGCUGGGUUCCUGCUACAUACCUUGUAUCUCUCACAGGACAUCGAGACAGUCACAGAACAUCGAACGGAGAGACAGAGCGGUAUAUUACAGUUCAGUCCUACAACAGUUUGAGUCCAGAUGAGUUGGGCUUUGAGAGUGGCGUCAUUGUUGAGGUCAUUCAAAGGAAUCUGGAGGGCUGGUGGUUCAUACGUUAUGGGGGUAAGGAAGGGUGGGCCCCAGCUGCCUAUUUGCGGAAGAUGCAAGAUGGUGUUAUGCCUGGUAACCAGGCAACAGAGACAAAUAAACCAGCUGUGCAGGGUCAGGUGGAAAUCAUCGGAAACCUUAUGGAGAUCAGCAACCUUCUGAACAAGAAACCAACGCAAAUUGACACAAAUGCACACCAUAACAGCAAUGCAUCAUUGCAUUCAAGAGAAAAUGCAUACAUGCACUCAAAAACUGACUCAUAUACACAGUACAAUGGUGAUGUAGAACAGACUGAUGCUUACAAUAACAAUAUACACUCUAACAAUGACAACAGCACCAGCCAUAGCACAGCAGCUAACACGGGCAUAAGUAGCUCAGUUAUACGCUCAGAAAGGGACAUUGAUGAUCAGGUCAGCUCCAGCUGCAACCCACACACAGAUACAAGUGUGUGUGUCUCAAUCUUGGACACAAGUGUGUCUGUGUCAGUGUCGGAUGCUAGUAUGUCUGUUUCGGCAGCAAGCAUGUGUUCUGCAACAUCAUCUGCAUUGAAGACCAAAACUGUUCCUCCAUCUCCUGCCAUUGCUCGAGUUGCACCUCAGAGAUACCACAGUGUGGAGACUAGAUCCCCAUCAAACAGUCAAAAACCACCUCCCCGCCGAGAAAACAGCCUGGGGUUUCAGUUACCUGAGCCCCCAGAUCCCCCUAGUGUUGAAGCCGAGUAUUACACCAUUGCUGAGUUCCGCUCCUGCUUGACGGAUGGGAUCAGUUUCAGUGGAGGACAGAAAGCUGAUGUAAUUGAAAAGAACUCUGGAGGUUGGUGGUAUGUCCACAUUGGUGAGAAAGAGGGUUGGGCCCCAUGUUCUUACAUCGACAAACGUAAGAAGCCUAGCUUGAACCGUCAAACAAGUACACUGACCCGACCCAAGGUCCCACCUCCUGCACCACCAAUUAAAAAGCAGAAUUCGCUUCCAUGUGUGGAGUCAGAGGUCGUGGCCCCAUCAAGUCCACAAGUGUAUGAAGAGCCAGAAUAUGAUGUUCCAGCCGUGGGCUUCGACUUUGACCCUGAGCUUGAAUUUUUCCCAGGAGAGGCACCAACUAAAGUACCCCCCCUUCUGUCCCAGCGUACCAUUUCUUUCACCUUGGGGGAAGGGGGUGGAGAGGAAGAUGAGGGUGUCUAUGCAAAUGGUGGGUUCAGAUCUUUCCCACAGUUUCUGGAGAACAGCCAUUCAGACAUACAUUCUGGAGCUCAUCGGGCAUCUAUGUGGGACCCACCCGAAUAUGAUGCCCCUACAAUUGAGCCAAGCAUUGAGAUCAGUACUCAACGCUACGCACACUGUAAGGUCAGCCAACAGCAACCAAAGCAGAAACAGCAGGCUGAUGAAUCAAAAUCGAAACCAUCCGUCCGUCCGAAACCCGCAAACCCAGAAUGCAGUUCCCUAAGAAGACCCCAAAAAUCUACAAACCAGGAGCAACCAGGCCAAAUACAAUACAGAACCUCAUGUACAUAUGAGGAAUCUGAGACCAGCUCCAUUGUGUCUUUGGAAGACUCUUUGGGCUCUACUGAUCUGUCCAAAGACCAUUCUUUCUUCUUGUACCGCACAACUGCGGCGUACCAGCAGGAGGAGUCAUGCGAGCUUAGCUUCCCUGCAGGAGUACAAGUAGAGGUGCUAGAGAAGACGGAAAGUGGCUGGUGGUUUAUCCGUUGGGAAAAUGAGGAAGGCUGGGCGCCCACCUUCUACCUUCAGCCAAUCAAAAGCUUAGAUACAGGUGGCAUAGAAGCCAAAACCACAGCGAGGGUAAAUUCUGAGACGUCUUGUCCAGAGAUGGAGAUCGCAUUGAAUGUUGGAAAGCUGGGUAAAAGCAUAAGUCUGGAGAAGAAUGAGCAACGUGUUAACCAAAGCCUGAAAAGCGCCCACCGAUCGAACCAGCAGAACUGCAGGGUUGGUGUGAAGCAGCUUGCAGUUCGACCUCAAAAUGUUCUCACCAUAACCCACACCAAAGACAACACAAAUAGCUUGACUACUAAUAUGCACACAACUCCAUCAGGAUGGAGGAAUGAUACCCUACCAAGCCGUGCCUCACUCCAUAGCUACAAUGAACCAUCCAUCUCCUCCUGUGCAGGUAAUACGGAGAGCAUGACACGUAAGGUGCCCGUUUCAAUGGUUAAGCCGAAACCUCACCUUAUCCAUAACAAUUUGCGUGAGGAAUACGUUUCUAUUGCUGAUUACCAUGGCGAUGCUGAGACAAUGAGCUUCCCAGCUGGUACGAGGCUGGAGGUGUUGGAGAGAAACACAAAUGGCUGGUGGUACUGCCGUGUACUUGACACAGCUAAAACACGCAAGGGAUGGGUGCCUUCCAACUUCCUUGAGAGGAAGAGCUAAUAGGCUUUGGAGGAUUGGUGUAAUUCAGUGUUUACCCAUUUUACCAGAAUAUAUAUGGUGGAUGUUACACUAACAAAAGAUUAACAAAUACAGUUUGGGAUACAGAUUUUGGGAUUAAGAAGGAAUAUUUCUAAAAAGAAUACCAGGGCAGUUUUACCUUUUUCAUCCAUCCAUCUAUCUGUCUAUCUGUCUCAGUAAGUGCCUCUAACAGUAAAUUUGUUUGUGUGAUUAAAAAUGGUGCUAUUCCUUUCUUAAAUAAUAUCAUGUUCAAUUCAAGGCUUGAAAUAAAUAUCUGCUAGAGUGCUAUCUUGCAGCUUGAUCAAAAUUUCUAUCUGGUAUGGGAGUCUGUGGGUUUGCAUACAAUCACUCUUCAUACAGUAAAACGUUUAUGUAUUCCAGGUUCUCCAGAAAAAAGUUCACCAUUUUUUAAUGGGACAUCGGCGUAAAGGGGAUCUGCCAAUAUCCCUUUGUUAAAUCCAGAGUCAAAUACAAAUGAGCCCCGCCCAACCGAUUGAACAGUUUGUUAAUACAAGGCAUCGGAUACACAUAAAAGUUUGACACUGCAUUGGCUUUCCUAUAAUUCACAGAGAACCAGUUCAGAGCCAUCGCAAUUAGGCACCAGAAACACCGGGCUGGCCCAAUCCAUGAUAAGCUUUUGAGGAAUUUUCGAUAUUUACUGCGUGUCGCUAAAACACAAGAGUUCGGCUUUCUCAGGCUGCGUUUCCACUGGGGCGGACGAAAUCCGCUCAAAAGGUGCUCACAGCGCUAAGAGAGAGCUUGCUCCGCACCGCUGCCAAUCCUACGAUCCACCUUGCGAGCAUGACGCUCAGCUUUCAUAGGAAUUAAUUAAAAACGCUCUACGCUUAGAAAACAACGCUUCAGUGGUAAUGUAGGGUCAGACUGGAUGAACUUGCUAAUGCUAGCUGCCUUGCUAACAAUUAGGUUACGUCGGACACCAGAUUGAAUCCAUCUGCACCGCAAGACUUCAUGACAAUGGUUGUGCCCUCACAUCGUCUCUAGUGAAGAGCGCAACAGAACAACAGUGAUGUGGACAACAGCUCUGAUCUUUCUGCACUGUAAUCUUGAAUAUUGUUCUCUAGCAACAAACAUGCAUAAUGUCUGCCCUGUCCCGCUCCACACGCGUUGCCUCUUUUCCCUGCAUGUGUGUAGACAUGAAGUGCCGCAUGAGUUAACGUGGUUUCAAAGCACCUUUUAGACCAUAACGUUUUUCCCUUCUAAAUGUAUCUUUAUUAAUCAGCAUGU